AUGGCUAUGUUAUCAGCAAGCUUCCUGGCUUCUAUACAGAUUUCUAUUACUAAAAUUUUGCUACAUUAUUUAUUCGCGAUAUAUUUAUUACUGGUAUCAAGACCUGAGCAAUGUUGCUUAGGUAUUGUUCCAGGCAAUGAUGAUAUUGAAUGUCGUCCAGUAGACAUUCAAUUGUACACAUGGUCAGGACCGGGCUUUGAAUCAGGUGAAUGUUGGUAUCAAGGACAUCGUUUUGAAAAUGGUGCCACAUGGGGUCGAACGGACGUAUCGGGCUCUCCUUAUUGUGUUUGUGAACAAGGUAAAGUACGCGUCUUUUAUAGUCAACAACGAUCGAUUGCUUCUGAUUCAUUAACUAUUCUUCGAUCCAUUAAUGGCACAUUACCAACAGCAAAUGAUUUAGCUAAAUGGCCGAUUGAAAAUUUCCCUUCGAUACGUCAACGCGUAGUCAUUUGUUCAAAAAAUCGAUUAGGUUUACGUGUAAGAUCUAGAGAUGGGUGUUAUAGUUGUAAAUGUUCUCAAAAUGGGCAUUGGUUAUGUAGAAAACCACCAUUCCCAUUAACAGCCAAUCGAACAGUUGUUCAACGAUCACAGGAAAUGUCAAAAAACGAUCAUUCUCCAUCUAUCAAUAAAAUUCCUUUUACUCCUCGUGUGACAACUGUACGUAUACAACCCGAAUGUUCAUUGGGAAGUGAACCAAAAUUUUGUAUAUUAAUCGAACGUUUUCCAUCAUCAUCAAAUCUAACUAACAAACUUAGUCGUUACAUUGAAAUUCCUCGUGAAACAUCAUGGAUUGAUCAUAAUAGUUGUACGCGAUGCUCAUGUACAUUAGAUGGUCAAUUAAAAUGUGUAAGGAUUCAUGAAUCAUGUGUUCGACCAUGUAUUGUAUAUACAGCACGACCGAUUUCAAUCAUGUAUUACUUUCCAUCGGGUACAAAAUGGUUAACACCAAAAAAUGAUACAUGCAUUUCGUGUAUGUGCAUUAAUGGACAAAGAAAAUGUCAUAGUUGCGAUCAAGUCGUUAAAAUCGAUGUUGACAUUACAAAUCACACAAAAAUGAAUAAUAAAAGUCAUCCAGGAAAAGCGAUCGAUAAUUACAGAUUGUUACCAGCAGUGUUCAAUAUGACUAAAGCAACACCAUGUUUACUUCAAACUGGUACGAAUUCUCAUCGUUUAAUAUUUCCAGGACAAUUAACAUGGUUUGAAAAGCAGUGUUAUUUUUGUUCAAACAGUGGUGAUCGGUUGAUAAGAUGCUAA